AUGUCCAUUGGGGACUUCUUGGCCGACGAUAGCCUCGGCUCCUGGGCUGAUGAGAUGGAGGAUAUGCCCGUUCCAGCUGUGCCCUCUGGUCCCAGCUUCGGGGACCGUCGCCCUCCUCCCAUGAGUGGCAUGGGGUUCAACGGUGGUUUCGAACCCCGUGAGACCCGUGGUGGAUAUGCCGUCCGCGAGCCCCUCGCCCUUCCCACCGAGCCUCCGUUCACUGCACACGUUGGCAAUCUGUCCUUCGAAGCGACCGCCGAUGAUAUUUCCGAUCUGUUUGCUGGGUGUGGCGUGACCAAUGUCCGCAUUGUGGAGGACAAGUUGACCAAGGCCCCCAAGGGUUUUGGCUACGUUGAAUUCGAGACCGUCGAUGGUUUGCAGAAGGCCCUCGAUCUGUCCGGUACCACCCUCCAGGGCCGGACCAUCCGUACCAGCGUUGCUGAGCCUCCCAAGGAGUCCUCCCGCGCUGAUUUCCCUUUGGCCGCAACAUGGAUGCUGCCUCCGAUGCUGGGAGCGAGCGCGGUGGUCGCCGCAACAACUUUGAAGGUGAUGGAAAGUUCCGUGACUUCGGUAACUGGGAGCGCAAAGGCCCUCUUUCCCCCCCCCGCUGGCCCUCCCCGCGAGGGCGGCCGCCCUCGCAACAACGACGGCCCCGGCUCAUCCGGCUUCCGACGAAGCUCCCCUGGCUGGGGUGAGGGACGCUCGCAGGAUGGCUCCCGCCCCCCGCGCCCCGAGCGCACUCCUACCGCCGCCGAGAUGGACAACCAGUGGCGCUCGAAAAUGCGCCCCGACCAGCCCGCCGCUCCCAAGGAGUCCAGCAGCCCCACUUCUCCUGUUGCUCCCGCUACUCGCCCGAAGUUGAAUCUCGCAAAGCGUACCGUCUCCGAUGCCGUGUCCAGCCCAGCGUCCUCCGGAGGCGACUCGAAGGCCAGCCCCUUCGGCGCUGCCCGCCCCAUCGAUACCGCUACCCGUGAGCGUGAAGUAGAGGAAAAGCGCCAGCUUGCUAUUCGCCAAAAGAAGGAGGCCGAUGAUAAGGCGAAGGCUGAGAAGCCGGAGAAGACCGAGAAAUCCGAGAAGUCCGAGAAGCCUAAGAACACCAAGGAGCCCUCGAAGGAGCACAAGCCCGGCAUGGAUUCCAACAAGGAUGCUAUUGAGCCUCCUCGUGGUGGUGGUAACUUUGAGAUCCUCCGGCGGGCCGGUGGGGAUGAGAGCGGCAUGGCUGCUGACAAGGAGCCCGAGGAGACCGCCGCUUCUACUGCGGCCACCGAGGAGCCGGCCAAGGAGUCGGCCACUAAUGGCAGCUGGAGAGCCGCGGAGACCGCUGAUGAUAAUGACGGAUGGAGUACUGUGGACACAACGAAGAAGCGCGGCCGCCGUGGUGGUCGUUUUUAA